AGCAGCUGAUGCUUUAUAAUGAGAUGCUGCUCCUCUCGCUCACUGUGUUUCUCUCCCCUCACAGACGGACUUGAAAUGAAGUGCAUUCUGGGUCUUGUGGUCCUGGUGGCUGUGUCGGCUUGGGCCGAGGAGGAGGCUUUAACGGCUUCAGAGCGGAUUGAGAGAGCGAACAGGGAUGUUGUCCGUUCUCCUGAUGAGCCCUACGUGGAGGAUGAUAUCGCCUACGAGUCUGAGGCUGAGAGAAAUGCUGAUCCCUGCACGGCUCACGGCUGCAUGUGGCCCAAGUCCGCCGAUGGGAGGGUCUACGUGCCCUACGUCAUUUCCAGGGUCUACACCACUCGUGAGGUGGCGAUCAUCGAGCGUGGCCUUAAGUCCUUCCAUGACGUCUCUUGCAUCCGUUUUGUCGGACGCUCCAACCAGAGAGCCUACCUGAACAUCCGGUCCCUUAACGGGUGCUACUCCUUCAUCGGCCGUCAUGAAAACGGGCAGGAUCUGUCUCUGCAGAGUUCAGGCUGCGUUUACCACCACACGGUCCAGCACGAGGUUCUCCACGCGCUGGGCUUCCACCAUGAGCAGAAACGUUCUGACCGCGACCAGUACAUCCGCGUUGUGCUGGAGAACGUCAUCUCUGGAAUGGAGCACAACUUUGACAAGAUCCAUACUUUGAACCAGGAAACCACCUACGACUACGGCUCUGUUAUGCAUUACCACAGGUACGCCUUCUCCAAGAACAACCAGCCCACCAUGGUGGCUAUUCCUGACCCUAAUGUCCACUUUGGCGCGGCCGAAGAGAUGAGCCGGAAGGACAUCAUCAGGCUCAACAGGCUGUACAAGUGCUGAACAGGUCGACCAGGAGAAUGCACAGAAUAUCAUCAUCAUCAUCGUUGUCGUCUUCAUUUUGUUCAAGAAACAGUGAAUAUUAAUUUUGUAACUGUCAUCAAUAAAUUAGCAUUUAAACACA